AGCAAAGACUUGUGAUAGCUGUUAGCUUGACCGGUCGACACGAAAAAGACCUUCAGCACUCAACACAACCGCAGUCUUUAUUAUUAUUAUUAUUUUAAAUAGCCAGCACUAUUUUUAAAUGCUUCUUCUUGGGUUUUUUUGUCGGCACCAAAAGGAUGUCUCCCAAAACUUUAGCACCUUUUGCCAAAAAGCUGAUGAAAGUUGUCAUUGUGGGUGAACUGGUCGGCGUCUUUGGAGCAUAUGCCCUCUUCCACACCAUGAACACCAGCCAAGAUUUCAGGAGCACAAUGAAGAGAAGGUUUCCAUCCAUUCUGGAAGUUUACUACAAGUCCAACGAGCUGGCGGGUGUGUACGGCGUGCGGCAGAGAGACCAACUCGAUUGGUCCACCCACCCGACGGAUGCUGAUGACCACUGAUAACUACUUCCUCUUCUUCUUGUUCCUCUUCGUAAUCGUCAUCAACAUCUUCCCCUGUCCAAACUGCUUCCUCUUGUUGAACAUGGCCUUCUUCCUGCGUAGCGUCUUGGCAUCACGGUCGUGGAUCCAGUCGUCACGUUGGCUCUCCCACUUCAGCUGCUUCACGCCUGCACGGGAAGUGGUCACAAUUUGGUGUGAAACUUUCUGACAGAACAAUAGUUUUGGGUCACUUCUGCUCGGGAAAUUAAUUUAAAGGCACAAAAACUUUGCAAUAAGAAUUGUUUGAACUUUCUAAUGCCAAAUGUAAAGACGUGAUAUGAGAGUUUUGGAGGCUGAUGUUUUCUUUUUUCCCUCACCUAUUGUUUGUUUUUUCCAAAACCUGUUAUCUGUAAUUUGCUAAAAACCCACCUACUUGCUGUUUUUGUCCUCAGGCCAAAGCAGUAUAAAUAGUACUUUGUGGCAACUUGGCGCCAAGGAACAAUUUUUAAGUGAGUUAACCAGUCUAAACCUUUUUGGGGGGGGGGGGGCGCGUGUCAUUUAGGGCUGCAACUAAUGCUAAUUUUAAUAAUUGAUAAAUUUUUCAAUAAAUAAAUGAAUUGGAUAACCCUCCCCCCCAAAAAAUGCAUCCCUUUAUCAAUAAACAAAUUAUGAUUCCGUUAAUGGUUUGGUCCAAAACAACCGUCGGAAAAUUAGCAAAAAUGUUGAUAAUUGUUUUCCAAAGUAAAAACAGAAGUUUGCAAAUGUCUUAUUUUGAUCCAACACAAAAAUAAUCUGUCUGCUUUCAUGGAAAUUAGAGUAUUUAAUGUUGAGAGGCUGAAAUUCAGAGGAUUUGGACAACUUAAAGUUAAACACUUUCUCGAAACGAUUAAUCGAUUAUCAAAAUGAUUGUCAAUUAAUUUGAUAAUCGCUUGUUCUUACCUGCUUUGUCGGUAUUGGCCAUGGCAUUAAGUCCAAUGUUGUCAAACUUGGCGCCGGCGUUGUUGUCCAGCAGGCAUCCAAACUUAAAAACAAAAACAAAAUAAUCAUGCAACAACAAACAAUAAGACCAAAUUUAAUGGUUGAAUUAUUGCGAGAAGCCGUGAUGGAUUUGUGCGUGCGAGUGCGAUCUCUCACCUCCUCGGCGGCUGCAAAAACAGCCGUGUCUUUGUCACCUUUCUUUUUUUUCUUUCCUGCUUUGGAGCCUGACAGGAAGAAAGGGAAAAUGGAGGAAGGAUGAAUUAAGUUUAACAAGUUGAUGAAGUCAUUUAUGAAAACAACAAACGAGAACAAACCGAAAGUUUGCGGGAAGUCGAGCUCCUCUGUCGACUUCCUUUUGACUUUCUUGGAACGCGGCGUCACGUCCGGAACGUCAACUUCAUCAUCUAGGAGGAGGAGAUGAUGAUGAUGGACGUCAUUCUUUGUCAAUGGCAAAACAGGUGAUUAACUUUUGUGCUCAAGAGCCGCAUUUGAUUUUUGGGUUUGGUCAUUUGUAGAUGAGGGUAUAUAAAAAAAAAAAAAAACCUAUGCCCCGUUAUUAACAGAAACCCCCUGCUUAUUUGCUUAAAAAAAGUUUUACUGUUUCACAGUGGACUUUUUAAGCUGCCAGUGUGGUUUCUUUGUAUUCUGAUGGAUAUUUAUUGAGAAUUACAGUCAUUAAUUCAAUUAAGUUAACUAUGCUAACUAUACUAUACUAUACUAUAUACUAUACUAAAAAUACAAAAAAAUGAAUAAAUACAUUUUAAUUAAUACAUUUGAGGGGAGAAAAAUAGAAAUAACUAUUGCAGGACUGUUGCUAAUGUAAAUGCUUUGACUUUGCCACCCCUGUGUUUAAACAUUCGUAAACGCACCAAAGUCAACAUCUUCAUCAUCGGCUUCAAGCUCUGGAACUGAAAUGACAAACAAAAACUUGAGUGUUUUAAGAGAUUAUUCACAAAAAUGUUGAGGAAUUUAUGUUAUGUUUUAAUCUGCUGAAUUUGGAUCCUUCA